UUCGGCAGUUUUUUAGUAGUUUUUCAGUUCAAAAAUGCGUUUUCCACCGAUUCUCCUUCCUUUAUUCACAUUGGCUUUUGAAAUUCACCCGAAAGAGGAGCUCAGGAAAUGCUUCUCGUGCUCCGUUUUCACAUUUAUCAACUCGAAACUUGUAUGUGCAAACCCCACAUUUUGCCACUCGGAUUUUUGCUAUUCCUACCUCCUCUCUGACGGCCGAUCUAUGUUCCUAUCUGGAUGUGCAGAGGAUUUUUCAGAUUACAGUAUACGACCUCACGACGACCAUCUCCUAUGCCAUACCCGCGGAGCUGUGGGGCUCUGCGUGUGCUCGAGUACCCAACAGAGCUGUCACGACUUAUGGCCUACAAAAGGAUCAAUUGGACCAAAAAAUAUGACUACUCAUAUCAAAUGGGUGGAUACGGAUGUAAACCAAAUCAAUGCAAUUUCUCAUAGAGUUACCGGUUUCUCAGCGGAUUACGCCCGCAACCGAGUCGGCCAAAUGCGUGUGGAGCACUUCCCGGAGCAAUUUCCCGGCUCCCCAGUAUCCUCGGGAUCUCGGAUUUCUGUAGUUUCAGUAUUCCUAGUGUCAUUUUUCGUGUUUUAGAAUAUUUUUCUGAAAAAAAUUACUUUUUUUUUGUAAAACGGGCCUAGUAAAUAAUAAAAUAUUGUGUUUUUA